GCUCGACCCCUGUGAGCACAAGGUCUUAAGGUCAAGACGCCCGCCACACAUUGCACAGCAGGUAGUGUGGCCGCUAGCUGUUUCACCUGGAGAAAUCCGAGUCCCAUGACCAUUCAAGGCAAAAGAAGGCCCCUUUCAUUCCUUUUAUUCCGAAAAGCGAGCACAGAAUCCCCGGCCACGUGGCAAGCCCCAACGCGCCAUGCAACAACUACGCAAUAUGUCGAACUACAGCACAUUCUUACGAAUAAAGUUAAUCAGCUGAUCAGUAGAGUGUAGCCAUUUCUGCGCCCGUUCAGUGCAGCGCACGCACAUGAGCUCCCACAGCAAGCUGCAACUGAAAUAUUACGCAGCACAUUGCAACUGAAAAGUCAACGCAGCAUUUGCUCCCUUGGAUCCCCUUCAACGCCCCCAAGACGCGUACCAAAAUGGUGUCACGUGGCCGCAGUACCAACGCCCCGCGGCCAUGCCUCCUUCGUUUCCUUUCCCUGCUGGCCGCCCUCCUUACUGCUGGGGUGCCUGCCUCCCAAGCAGCUUCCACUCCCAACCUGAACUACCUCUCCCCCCUCACAACACGCCCCGACCUUGCGAAGCCGUACCCAGCGCACCCCCGCCGGGCAGCGCGGCAGUUGCUGGCAGCAGAAGCGUCCGCUGUGGCAUUCCUGCACGGGGUGGCCAGUGGUGACCCCGGGGUGGACUACACAACGUACCCCUACGCAGCGACAGCGAUCCUGUGGACUAAAGGCACCCCGGCGAGUGACCUCCCGGGCAGCAUUGUUGUGAACUUUGCAGUCGCAAGCGACGAGGGCAUGAACGACGUGGUGAUGUCAGGGAGUACGCUGACGUCAUCGGCGGUAGAUUUCACUGUGAAGGUGACGGUGGGGGGGCUGCAGCUGGGUGGCCAGUUCUACUACUACCAGUUCUCGGACGAAGCGGGAAAUGUCAAGUCGCCUGUUGGCCGCCUCAAAACCCUGCAGCAGGGUGACGUCAGCCACGUCCGCUUUGCGGUCGUUUCGUGCUCCAACGUCCCGGCGGGCUACUUCAACGUAUACCAGAGCGUGGCGUCCCAAGACGUCGAUCUAGUUCUCCACCUGGGGGACUACAUUUACGAGUAUAAGUCGGGGGAGUUCGGGACGGGUUUUGCAGCGGUGGACCCCUCCCGCGCGCCGCAGCCCGACAGGGACCUCGUCACUCUGAGUGACUACCGGACCCGUCACGCCCAGUACAAAACUGACGAGGGCGCCCAAGCAGCCCACGCCAAGCACACAUGGGUCGCCGUCUGGGACGACCACGACUUUGCGGAUAACGCCUGGGCCGGCGGUGCCGCAAACCAUAACCCGGCAACCGAGGGUUCCUGGGCUGCUCGGAAGUCGGCCGCCAUGCAGGCCUACUUCGAGUACAUGCCGGUCGGCCAGGUUGACCCCACCGACCCCGCCCGCAUCUUCCGCUCCUUCAACUUCGGCAGCCUGGUCCACCUCACCAUGCUCGACGCCCGAGUGUACGGGCGACAGAUCCAAGUCGACGACCCCACGUUUCCCGGCGUGAACAACACCGCGGCACAGCUGGCGGUCGCCACCUCUCCGGGCAGGACCAUCUUGGGCGAUUACCAGGAGCAGUAUCUGUACGCGCAGCUGGACCAGUCCCGCGCCGUCACAUGGAAGGUCAUCGGACAGCAGGUCGUGCUUGGACAGUUCCUCACCAGAGGCCGUCCGGAGCUGGGCAUAACGCCCGUCAUCAACUUCGACGCGUGGGACGGGUAUGCCGACAACCGUGACCGCAUCCUGGCGAAGCUCCAGGCGGAGAACAUGGACAACGUGGUCUUCCUGUCGGGCGACACGCACUCGUCCAUUGCCAAUGACCUGCCCCGGUUCGCCUAUCCGGGGGGCUACUGUGCCACGCGCGACGCGGCCGCGUGCGCGUACGACCCGGCCACAGGCGCGGGGUCCCUCGCCGUCGAGUUCCUGACGACAGCCGUGUCGUCACCGUCGAGCAUCGAGACGUUCUACGGCCCCGGCGGCCCGGGCACGGCCGCCGAGCAAGUGGCGCAGGUGCUGACGCCCGUGUUCCAGCAGGACAACCCGCACCAGCGCUACCUCGAGUGGAACAGCAAGGGCUACGUCAUCUUGGACCUGACCCCCGAGCGCGCACAGGGGACGUACUGCUACGUCAGCACGGUCUUCUCCAAGUCGUUCACAACGUCAUGCGCGGCGUCGCUGACGACCAAGAGCGGCGCCAACCACCUGGAGCUCCAGGUCAACGGUGUCCCCGUCCCGGUUCAGUCCCCUGGGGCGCCUCCCCCGGCGUCCGCACCGGCACCCGUUCUUGGGCCGACCCCACCGGCGUCCGAGGUACCGGGCACAGCCCCAGCUCCCGGGCCGUCUGAAGAGACCUCCACACCGACACCGACAGCAACUGGGGCCUCUCCUGGGCCAGCUCCAGGAAGCACCCAGUCUGACCAGACGCCAACCCCGACGCCGACAGCGACCGGGGCAACUGCAGGGCCACCUCCUGGCAACGGAGAGUCUGGCCAAAGUCCGACACCAACGCCUAGAGCGACGGGAGGUCCGGGCCCCGCGCCGGCGCCGGCACCCGGGGCACUGUGCGACCCGCAGUCGGAGAAGCCGAACCAGGCGCUCGCGCAGGGGGCGCUCGCGCUCCAGCUCCGUGGCGCGCUCGAGCGGCGCUGA